AUGGCUAUAAACACUGAGAAAAUUUUAAGAGGAAUCGACACAGAAGAGAAGAUAUUCAGAAACAUGAAGAGAGUGAAUGUUAUAAAAGCAGUGGAUUGUGUUGUGACACUUUCAAAGUGUGGAAUGGACACACAAACAAUAAAGUCUGAAAUUCAGAAACUUUUAGAAGCUUACAAGAUUGUUAGAGUACGCCUCAAUGAAAAAAACCCGAACUUGGUAGACCUUGCCAUAAGCAAAACAGUGAAUGCAUCCGACUACUACAUGUGGACAGAAGAGCGGUAUGACUAUAGGGCUUUGGCCAUAAGUAUGCUGUGUGUUGCUGUUGUUCUUGGCUUGGUAAUGUACAGAAUAUGGCCCCCAUGGCUUAGAGUAAUUGGAAAAUAUGUGCAGUACGUCAUUCUAGGUCUUUUAAUACUGCUUCUUUUUAUAGCCUUUGUUCGAUUGGUCGUAUUUGCCAUCACAUAUCUCAUAUAUUCCUCUGGGCUUUGGCUCCUGCCUAACCUCUUUGCCGAAUGCGGGUUCUUUGAGAGUUUUGUGCCAUUGCACUCGUGGGGAGAUGAAGACGUAUCCCACAAGAAAGAAUAG